CAUAAGUAAGAACAUCACUCGGUACGCAGUCCAUAUACAAAAUAUCAAAACGGCAAGCAGUUUGUAGUGAUCAGGUUCAGUUAAUGUCGUUACUCAACUGAUUUAGAAAAGCCGUUGCGUCUCUCACUUCCUUCUCCGUUAACGGUUAAACUCACAAACCAAUGGAGAAGAUCUUGCGCUCCUCUCUACUUUGUUGCAUCGUCUUUCUUCUGAUCUCUAACUUCUACGGAUCCGUCGAAGCGGGGAAGCGACGGAUCGAGAUCACCGACGAUCUAGACGACGUGGAAGACAACGAAGAAGACGAAUCGUGGAAAACGUGGGGGAGCAACGCAGAGACGACGGAGUUCGAUCCUCCUCCGGAUUUCUCCAACAUGGGAUUCGAUCAGAUCCAAGAGGAGAUGGCUAAACGGACUUUUGCACCCGUCGUCGGUUUCGUCAAGCUCCGGUUAGGCGUCCAACGUACUAAGGAUAUGGUGGUGGACAUUGCUAUGAAAUGGACGAAAGUUCUGAGAACAGGUGGGUUGGGAGUGAGGUUCAUGGCCGUGGAUCGAUCCACGGUGAUGUUCAAUAUGCAGAACGGGAAGGAAGUGACUGAGCUAAGGGAGUUUGUGCUGCGCCAAGAAGAGGCUUAUGAGGUUAAGAUAGGGAAACAAGAGUUUCGACGACCUGGAGAUCCUCCUCUUGAUGAUGUCGUCGACAAACUUAAGAAAAGCAAGGAUGAUGAAGGUGGUGAUGGUAAUAACAAGAAUGAUGUGACCAAGGAUGAGUUAUGAGAUUGAGAAGUUUAUCUCUUUUAGCUGAAUCUUAGCUACAAUAUCUUUGACAUGUUUGAUUCGUAGAAUACAAUGAAAAAGGGAUGAGUAUUGCAUUCAUUUAAGCUUAUUGCUAAACGUGGAAAGCUCGAUAACCUGAAUUCUUGGGAUGCUUUCAGCUUCUGCUCUCUCUUUCUCUGUGUUGUAGCCCCAGUUACCU